AUGGUUAAGAUCUUCUUAUGGAGGGCAACAAAUGAUUCACUUCCUACGAAGAGGAACCUAUUUUUUAAAAAGAUUGUUGAUAAUCCCUUAUGCCCAAUUUGUUCUAGAGAAGAAGAAUCUACAAUACAUGUGCUUUGGGAUUGUUUAGCAGCAAAUGAUGUUUGGGCAACUGGCCUGAGUGGUGUUCAGAAAUGGAAAAGGGGAAAAGGUGACUUCUUGAGGUUAUGGGAGAAGAUGUUGGAAGCUUUUGAGAAAGCCAAACUAGAGAAGAUAGUUGUUAUGUUUAGAAAAGCUUGGCUGAGAAGAAACACCUUUGUUAUUGAGAGAAGACUAACAUGCCCGAGAAUUUUGGUUGCUUCAGCAAUUGAGAUACUGGAGGAGUAUAAGCAGGCAAGUAGUAAGGAAAAUACUGAAGUUCAGCAGGAAGCAAUUCCAGUUAAUAAGACAAGAUGGGUUCGUUCUGAAGCAGACUUUGUGAAGGUUAAUUGGGAUGCCUCUUUGGACAUGAAGUUGAGAAGAAUGGGGAUGGGAAUGAUCAUUAGAGAUGAGGAUGGUGAAGCUCUGCUUGCUGCAUGUGAUAGUAGGAGGAAUGUGAGGACACCAGGAGUGGUAGAAUGUUAA